UCUUUUCCCAGCUCCAACUUCUUCAUUGAAUUGAGCGUGGUAGUCGAAGAACUGAAGAUACUGUUCAUUAAGAUGAGACCUUCUAACAAAUGCUUCUCUUCCUUCACUUAUUGGUUUUCUCACUUUGUGGUUCUUUUGUUCAUAACUUCACUAGUUUUUGUUUCUUGCCGUAGUCUUCUCUCUCCAAAUUUCUCUUCAUCUCAUUUUUCUUGGAGUUGGAGAGGAAAACCAACUUCCUCUUUGGAUACAGAAAAGAAAAGAGCUUCAAUAUUACAUGAUGAUGAAGCUCCAUCUCCUACUGCAUUUGCUUCAGAUCUUUAUGGUUCUCGAGAAUUCAACGAGCUUGACACCAAGUUUAAGCAUAAAGGGAACCUUAGAGCUCACAAGUACAGCAAGUUGAGAAGAAUUGAAGCAACAUUGGCUAAAGCAAGGUAUUCCAUCAGAGAAGCUAGCAAAAUUCGAAAUUUGACAUCAACCUUCCAUGAUCCAGACUAUGUUCCUCGAGGUCCAAUUUACAGAAACGCCAAUGCCUUCCAUAGGAGUUACCUAGAGAUGGAAAGGCUGUUCAAGAUUUUUGUGUAUGAAGAAGGGGAGCCACCGAUGUUCCACGAUGGUCCAAGCAAAGAUAUAUAUGCCAGUGAGGGAAGAAUCAUACAUGAAAUGGAAAAGGGGAGGUACUAUCGUACCUAUGAUCCAGAUGAAGCUUUUGUGUAUUAUCUUCCCUUCAGUGUGGUUAUGAUAGUUGAACAUGUGUACGACCGUGGCUCCAAUUAUAAUGUAGAUCCGAUUGGCCUUGUUGUGAAAGACUACAUACAUAUUGUAUCUCAUAAACAUUCCUUCUGGAAUCGAUCGAUGGGCCAUGAUCAUUUCAUGCUCUCUUGCCACGAUUGGGGUCCAUUAGCAUCUAGUUUCGUAGAUCGCUUGUUCAACAAUGCCAUUAGGGUUCUUUGCAAUGCAAAUACAUCUGAAGGAUUCAAGCCAGCAAAGGAUGUGUCGUUUCCUGAGAUGAAUCUUAAGACAGGGGAAGUCACAGGCCUAGUUGGAGGGUAUCCUACAUCUCAAAGGACUAUCCUUGCUUUCUUUGCAGGUCACUUGCAUGGCUAUAUAAGAUACCUACUCUUAGAUAGUUGGAAAAACAAAGACCAAGAUGUGCAAGUCUAUGAGGAACUUCCUCAGGGAAUCUCUUACCACACCAAGCUUAGAAGCAGCAAGUUCUGCCUAUGUCCAAGUGGUUAUGAAGUAGCUAGUCCCAGAAUAGUGGAAGCAAUAUUUGCAGAAUGUGUACCAGUACUGAUAUCUGAUAACUAUGUUCCACCCUUUAGUGAUGUUUUGAAUUGGAGUUCAUUUUCAGUUCAAGUGGAUGUGAAGGACAUUCCCAACAUCAAAAAGAUACUCAUGGGCAUUUCAGAAAGGCAGUACUUGAAGAUGCAAAGGAGAGUGAAACAAGUGCAAAGGCAUUUUGUGCCUAAUGAACCCCCAAAGAGGUAUGAUAUGUUCCAUAUGACUAUCCAUUCUAUUUGGCUCAGGAGGUUGAAUAUCCAUAUUCGAGAUCAGUAAUAUCAAUUGAACCAGACACAUUGUAUAGCAUGUACAGCAUCAAGAGGUUGCUCAUAUGUACUGAAGUGAUUAUUAAUGACCAAUACAAUUAGCAGAUUUUGUACAUUUAGAAAAUUGUUUGCUCUUUUGUUUGUUUAAAGUAAAACCCUUGAAUGUAGAGAUUGACUAGUAGUGAUUACGUAUAAGUAA